AUGCCUACCGUGUCCGUUUACAAAAACCAAUUAUAUGACUUAUUGGGCAAGCAUUACGAAACCAAAGACUUUGAUGAAUUAUGUUUUGAAUUUGGUAUCGAACUAGAUGACGACACAACUGAGGAAGCUCUAAAAAAUGGCACUGAGCCAGAGUACAAGAUUGACAUUGGUGCCAAUCGUUAUGAUUUACUAUGUAUUGAAGGUAUUGCUCAAUCCUUAAAUGAAUUUUUAGGUAAAGCUACAACUCCAGAAUAUAAAUUAUCCAAGCCAACAACUAAAUUGAUCAUUGAUAAGUCGACCGAGGCAAUUAGACCUUUUGCAGCUGCAGCAGUUUUAAGAAACAUCAAGUUUGAUAAGAAAUCAUAUGAAUCAUUUAUUGCUUUGCAAGAUAAAUUACAUUCCAAUAUUUGUAGAAACAGAUCUUUAGUUGCAAUGGGUACACACGACUUAGAUAGUAUCAAGGGUCCAUUUUAUUACAAGGCUUUAGAUCCAGAUUCUUUUAAGUUUGUUCCAUUGAAUCAGACAAAAGAGAUGACAGGUCGCGAAAUUGUUGAUUUUUAUAAUUCUCCAGAACAAAAAAAUAAUAUUGGCCGUUUCACCCAUAUCAUUCAAGAUUCUCCAGUUUAUCCAGUCAUUACCGACAGCGAAGGUACAGUUUGUUCUUUGCCACCAUUAAUCAAUUCUGAACACUCCAAAAUUACUUUAGAUUCCCGUAAUGUCUUUAUCGAAAUUACUGCCACUGACAGAACUAAAGCUGCCAUUGUUUUAAACCAAAUAGUCGCUAUGUUUUCUCGUUAUUGUAAAGACCCCUUUACAGUUGAACCCGUUGAAGUUGUUUCCGAACAUAACAAUGAAUCCCGUAUCACUCCAGACUUUACUCCCAGAUACAUGAAAGUUUCUAAAAAAUACAUCAAUAGUUGUCUAGGUUUGGAUUUAUCUGCUGAGGAGAUUUGUAAGUGUUUAAAAAAAAUGUCUCUUCACGGCACGCCAUCUAAAAUUGAUGAAAAUACUAUUGACGUUUCCAUUCCAAUCACUAGACCAGAUAUUUUACAUCCAUGUGAUAUAAUGGAAGAUGCUGCUAUUGGCUACGGUUAUAACAACUUGCCAAAAGAAAGCAAACUGUCUAAUUCCAGCUUUGUUGCCUCUCCUUUACCGAUUAACAGAGUUUCUGAUAUUUUCAGGAUUGCUUCUUCGCAGGCUUCCUGGUUAGAAGUUAUGCCAUUGACUUUAUGUUCGCACGAUGAAAAUUUUAAAUUUUUAAGAUUGAAGGACGAUAACACUAAAGUUGUUAAGUUGGCUAACCCAAAAACUUUAGAAUACCAAGUCGUCAGAACUUCUUUAUUACCGGGUAUUUUAAAGACUGUUAAAGAAAAUAGAAAGCAUGCCUUGCCCAUUAAAGUUUUUGAAUCUGGUGAUGUUGUUUUCAAAAAUGAAAAACUGGAAAGAAGAGCAUUCAAUGAACGUCAUUGGGCUGCUGUCUAUGUUGGUAAAACAGCUGGCUUUGAAAUAAUUCAAGGUUUGUUAGCUAAAAUAAUGCAAACAUUCAGAACACCAUGGAUUGCUGAUUUUGGUAAAGCUUCCCCUGGUAGAGGCUACUGGAUUGAAGAGGAUACUACUGUGGACACUUAUCUACCUGGCAGAGGUGCUAAAGUUAUAUUCAGACAUAAGGAAGGUGCAGAACCCAUCAAAAUCGGUAAUUUAGGUGUUUUACACCCAGAAGUUAUGAACAACUUUGAUAUUCCAUAUGCCAGUUCUUUUGUUGAAUUAAAUGCUGAAGUUUUCUUAUAA